AUGAACUGCACUCCUAAUGUCACCAUCACUCCACAGCUGGUCCUCAGCCCAGGGGCUGGAGAUGGAGGUUCCCAGGAGAGUGGUGGUGGUGGUGGUGGAGGCAAUGGGGGCCUUUGGGUGACGUCCCUCCUUGGUGCCACACUGAUGAUCAUGUGCGCCAUGGGUGUGGCAGGCAACACGUACACGCUCAUCAUUACACGCUCAGCCGCUUUGCGUCGGACAGGUUCCAUGUACGUUUACAUUGUCAAUUUGGCGCUGGCUGACCUGCUGUACCUCUCCACCAUUCCCUUCGUGGUCUGCACCUACUUUGCCCAUGACUGGCUGUUUGGUGAGGCUGGCUGUCGCAUCCUGCUCAGUCUCGACCUCCUCACCAUGCAUGCCAGCGUCUUCAUUUUGGUUGCGAUGAGCCUGGAACGCUACCGUGCCGUGGCCAGGCCCUUUAGUGCACACAGAUCCUCAUCCCGCAGACGAAAGCUAAUGGCAGGAAUUAUCUGGGGGGUUGCUUUCGUGCUAACCCUUCCCAUGAUGGUGAUGAUCCGACUCAGAGUGGGCAAACCUACUGCAUCUGGUUUGGUCAAGAGGAUCUGCUUCCCUACAUGGACCCCUGAGGCCUUCAAGGCUUAUAUCACCGUCCUGUUUCUUACAAGUGUUUUAGUUCCUGGAUUGGUCAUCGUUGGGCUGUAUGUGGGACUAGCCAGGCGCUACUGGGCAGCGCAGGCUAGUUUAGGAGGUGGUGGUCGCUCUGCACGGAGGAGAGGACUCAAACAAAAAGUUGUAUCAAUGAUCUUUAGCAUUGUAGUGGCCUACUGGGCUUGUUUCUUGCCUUUCUGGGGGUGGCAACUAGCCAAACUGUUCUCUCCAGAGUCCCUCAAAGCAUUGUCCCCAGCUGCUCAUAAUUAUGUCAAUUUCUUUGUCACAUGUCUAACCUAUGGGAACAGCUGUAUCAAUCCAUUUCUUUACACUCUUCUGACCCGGAACUAUAAAGAUUACUUGGCCCAGAAAGGUCAGUCAGUGGGUUCAAGCAGGGCUGACCCCGGGUCAGCUAUGACUACGCCACUGCAAGAGCUUUAG